GAUUUCCAUGGACUACGUGAGCGAAUGCAGCAGCCUGUCACUGCUAUUGCGCAGGGUCGUGAUCGACAAUGCCGUUCGCCCCACUGCGACUCUUGUCACGGUUGAUAGUGCUAGAAGGCAUGGAAUUUUACUUGAGGCCGUGCAGAUUCUCACGGAUCUGAACCUUUCCAUCAAAAAGGCUUACAUAUCUUCAGAUGGAAGAUGGUUCAUGGAUGUUUUCCAUGUGACUGAUCAAAUCGGAAACAAACUUACGGAUGCGAGCGUUAUCAGAUACAUUGAACAGUCUAUGGGCAGCAUUCACUAUGGUCGGACUAACGGCCUAACAGCCCUAGAACUAACUGGAACCGACCGUGUUGGUCUACUAUCUGAGGUUUUUGCUGCGCUAGCUGACCUUCAAUGCAAUGUUGUGGAAGCUAAAGUUUGGACUCACAAUGGCCGAAUUGCUUCACUAAUCUAUGUGAAGGACUGUGAUUCCGGUUGCCCCAUUGAGGAUUCCCAGAAAAUAGACCGAGUCGAAGCUCGUUUGAGGAAUGUACUCAAAGGUGACAAUGAUAUUCGCAGUGCUAAGACCUCGGUGCCUAUGGCGGUCACGCACACUGAGAGGAGGCUGCACCAAAUGAUGUUUGCGGAUCGUGAUUAUGAGUGGAAGCCAAUUUUGAAGCGCAGUGAUGACUGUCCCAUUGUCACGGUUCAGAAUUGGAUUGAGAGGGGUUACUCUGUUGUGAAUGUUCAGUGCAAGGACAGGUCGAAGCUUUUAUUUGACAUUGUUUGCACGAUGACAGACAUGGAGUAUGUUGUUUUUCAUGCUACUAUCAAUACAGCUGGAGACAGAGCAUAUCGGGAAUUUUACAUUAGACACACAGAUGGGACUUCAAUUGAGAGAAGGGCUUCUGAGGGUGUGAGGCUUGAAUUUUCCGCGGAAGAUAGGCAGGGGCUUUUGGCCGAUGUUACAAGAACGUUCCGAGAGCAUGGGCUUAAUGUGACGAGAGCCGAUAUCUCAACCGAAAGAGAUAUGGCCGUGAAUGAGUUUUAUGUGACGGAUGCAAUUGGUAACACUGCGGAUUCAAAACUCAUUGAAGCUGUUAGACAAAAUAUAGGGUUGAGUAAUUUGAAAGUGAAGGAAUUGCUAAUGAUUUGUCAUAAGAAGGUUGAGAGUGAAGAGCAACCAGUUGGGGUCGGUGGGGCGGUGUUAUUAUCACUUGGGAGCUUAGUGAGGAGGAAUCUAUACAACUUGGGACGGUGGUGGAAUUUGGUGAUAGUAGUUAUAGUAGGUUGGGUUUUGUUGGAAUUUGGCGUUGCUUUAUUUGAAGAGGGAUUUGAAUUAGAAGAAGAGGAAACAGGUGGAAAAAGUAAAAGGUUGUGUUGUUGGCUGGGGGAGUUUGUGGGAUAUAGAGGUUAUUGCUGGCAAGCACAGAGAAAAGUAGUAGGUAGAUGAAUAGGGAAUUUGUUUCAUACAGAACGAAUGUGUACAUAUUAACCACGUGUAUCGGGAAGAAGACAAGUUAGCCAAGGAAGGGGGCAUCUCAAAAGUGAAUUUUGUUGUUUUUUGAUCAGCCUCCUUCAUCUGAACUUUGUAAUUUUUUGUUAUCUGAUACUGUUGACAUGUACUGUUUAAGGCGUUUAGCCAAUACUCAGGGCCAAAAUGGCCAAAUACUAUCUAUUUUUGAAAUUU